AUGUUUUUGAUCAAUGCCCCUGCAGCAUCUAAGUAUUCCGAGCAAAUCAAUAUCGACGUCACCGAGAAGGAAGACCCGCUGUAUGCAAAUUAUAAGUCUAUAUUCCAUCAGAACGCGCGAGAUGGGGACGUGAAAGCGAUCGAGGAGUUGUUGAACAAGUGUCCCAAGCUUGUCGGCGCAUACGACUGUGAUAAAACUCCACCUGGAUCCAAACAUUGUUAUGUUGGGAAGUUAUCCGUAAAGCGUCCAUCGCUCUAA